AUGUCCUGCUCCAGCCUGUGCGUCCCUUCCUGUGGGGUGGCCACCCCGGCCCCACUGGCUGACACUACCAACGAGCCCUGCGUGCGGCAGUGCCCCGACUCUACGACGCUGAUCCAGCCACCAGCCUCGGUGGUCACCUUCCCCGGGCCCAUCCUCACCUCCUUCCCACAGAACAGCGUUGUUGGCUCAGCAGGAGCCCCCGGAGUUGGAGGGGGCUUUGGUGGCACCUUUGCAGGCCGUGGUGGUUAUGGGCCUUAUGGGGGCUAUGGGAGCUCUUGGCUGUAUGGAGGCCUUGGGGGUUAU